GAGUAUGAUUAUAAAUCUUGCAACACAAAGCAUGAUGAGGACAAGAGCCAGUUUUCAUUCUAACAUUUCUGAUGGCUGGCUCUCACCAUGUUGGAUCGGAAUCGAGCCUUGCUUCGCCAUCGGAUCAGCCUCAUCGGACCGCGUUUCACUUUCAGCCUCCCAAAAACUGGAUGAACGAUCCUAAUGGCCCAAUGUACUACAAUGGAGUCUACCAUUUCUUUUACCAACACAACCCAUUCGGCCCGCUCUUUAAUCCUCAAAUGUACUGGGCCCAUUCGGUAUCGCGUGACUUAAUAAACUGGACCCCACUCAACCACGCCUUUGCCCCGACCCAACCCUUCGACAUCAACGGUUGUUGGUCUGGCUCUGCCACAAUCCUCCCUGGAAACAAACCCGUUAUAUUAUACACUGGACUCGAUUCAGAACACCAUCAAGUCCAAAACCUCGCGGUCCCAAAAGACUUAUCCGAUCCAUACCUUCAAGAAUGGGUCGGGUACACCGGCAAUCCUGUAAUUAACCUCCCCGACGGAAUUCAACAUGAUGACUUCCGAGACCCAACCACCGCGUGGCUUGCAAACGACGGAAAAUGGAGGGUGAUCAUUGGAAGUCAGAAAGACAAGAAGGGAAUCGCGUUUCUUUACCGGUCUGAGGAUUUUGUUAAUUGGAGUAUGCAUGAAUCACCACUGUAUGAAGUUGCAGGCACUGGGAUAUGGGAAUGUCCGGAUUUCUUUCCGGUGUGCGUUGAUAGCAACAAUGGGGUUGAUACAUCUGUAAUGAACUCUAGAGUGAAGCAUGUGUUGAAGGUGGGAUUGUAUGAUUAUACAAGAGACUACUACUUGAUUGGGAGUUAUACUCCUGAGAAAGAAAGCUUUGUUCCUCAAAAUGAACUAACUCUUGACGCCUUAAGAUAUGAUUAUGGAAAGUAUUACGCUUCAAAAUCGUUCUUUGACCCUGUGAAGAAUAGAAGGAUCUUAAUGGGUUGGGUCAAUGAAUCUGAUUCUGAAACUGAUUGCAUUGCUAAAGGAUGGUCCGGACUUCAGUCAUUUCCAAGGAGUAUUUGGCUCGAUCAAAACCAGAAGCAGCUCGUACAAUGGCCUAUUGAGGAAAUUAAAAUGUUACAUGAAAACGAAGUUAGUAUUCAAAAUAUGAACCUUGAAGGUGGAUCAAUACAUGAAAUUGUUGGAAUAACUGCUUCGCAGGCGGAUGUGAAGAUAUCAUUCAAACUAACUAAUUUAGAAAAGGCCGAAGAACUGGACAUGAGUGGGAUCGACCCACAGGUUUUCUGUAGUGAAAUGGAUGCGUCAAAAAAAGGCAAAUUCGGUCCAUUUGGACUAUUAGCUUUGGCUUCCCAUGACUUGUUUGAACAAACUGCAAUCUUUUUUCGGGUUUUCCAAAAUAAUGGACGAUACACUGUGCUAAUGUGUAGUGAUCAAAGCCGGUCUUCUACAAGAAACGGACUUGAUAAAACGACAUAUGGAGCAUUUGUCGACAUAGAUCCUCAACAAGAUGAAAUUUCACUCAGAACUUUGAUAGAUCACUCGAUCGUUGAGAGCUUUGGAGGGGGAGGAAAGACGUGCAUCACGGCUAGGGUUUACCCAACAUUAGCCAUUGGAGACGAUGCCCGUUUGUUUGCAUUUAACUAUGGAACAGAAAGUGUGUUGAUCUCUGAGCUAAGUGCAUGGAGUGUGAAGAAAGCUCGGAUUAACAUCGAAGAAACUAUUGGUUGUACGUAGAUCCAUAAUCUGAUGAAGAUCGUUGAUUCAUCUCAUUCUAGGAAGUGUGUAUUAUAUUGGAAGGAGUUAAUUACCCGGCAUAAUUAGUUAAUUACAAAUAUUUAGCAAAUAAAAACAGGACUAUAGUAACAAA